AUGCCCAAGAAGAGAGCUGCCUCCCCUGCGCGCUCGCCCGUCGCCAAGCGCACGCGUACUGUUCCCAAGAAGGCCGCUGCUCCCAAGUCCACUGCUCUUAAGCCCGCUGCUUCCAGUAGCCGCCGUAAAACUGCCACUGUUAGCCGGGAUAGUCGCCCCAAGGAACGCCCUCUCUCCCCCGAAGACCCACCUCUCCCAGAUCGCAACACGCCUGGAAGCGUGGGAAGCUCUGUCAUCCCCAGAUCAUUCGCAGUUUACGCCGAACCCAAAAAUGACGAACCAAAGCCGCCCGCGAGAGUGAAGGUCUCCGAGCUCCAGAUGCCUCGGGCUUAUUUCUACCCGAUGAGAAAGGAAGAGGACAUGUAG